UGGUUCCGAGCCCAGGAAUGUGGAGCUACCAGUUUUAGUAAUAGAUUCAUCUAAAGCAGACAAAAUUUUUGUACGUAAAAAUUUUUGGUCAAACCCAAAAACUAAAAACAAAAAAAAAAAAAUUUUUUCGGGCUAUUUGAUUUCGAUAGUUUUCCACCAAGAUGAUGCUAUCAACCUACCAGCAUGACUACGUGCCACCAAGUGCCAAGCGGUACGAGUUCCUCACGCGCGCCAAAGGCCUGGAGGGCCACGACGGGCCCAUGGUAAUUGAGUGCGAGUGCUCGGACGAGACCAAGAUCAACAUGCCGCCAGCUGCGGCCAAGGACUGCAGCGGUGUGGAGUGGACGGGCAUUGCGCCCAUGGGCAAGCUGGUCGACCCGCGGCUCAUUCCCACCCAGCUGACCCAGGACCAGGUCGAGAAAAUGGCCUUCUCAGCGGAAACCGACUGCUUCAAACUGCAGCCGAACCGGUUCCUCAAAAUCCUGCGCACGGUCUACCCCGACCUGUACGAGCGCCUGAAGGUGCUGCCCAAGGACGAGCUGAGCCGCAGGCUGGAGAAAAACCGGAUGUUCACCACCUACCAGAUCGACUACUGCAACAUGAACGAGUACCCGGAGGGAAUAUACGAGAGUCUGAAGACUGAGGAUGAGUCCUCGAAGCAGAACUCGAACAAGCUGAUGAACGAGCGCGGACCAUGCUCAGAAUUCCGGCAGAACGUGAUGAACGAACUGGAACGGGAGACGUCCCCCGGGUACGACGUGUCGCGGGACGAGUGCGAAAAGUCCUACAAGCCGUUUAAGACCACCUUCGCGGACUCCUCAUCCUUCGUCGACUCGGGCAGCAACUCCCACUGGAGCGCGGCCCCCACGACGUACCGCAAGAUGCCCAACUUCAGCGAGUACAUGGACUCGAUCAGCCGCAACGGCUGCGUCAUCAUGCGCAACAAGCUGCACGACCACUCCAAGUGCUUGGCCAAGUACUGCAAGCACGACCUCAAGUUCACUUGUGCGGACUUGAAGUGAUUUUUUUGAAUGUGUAGUGGUGUGCUUUUUGGUUUGAAUACACUUUGGUAGCGUAA